CCUUGUCUCAAAAAGAAAAAAACAAAAAUGUGCCAUUUUACGUAGCACCUAAAACAAAAAAAUGCAUGCCAAAUUAAUUUUGGCAACUUGGUAAAGUGUUCAAUGACCCCGUACUAACACUACGAUGAAUGACAGCUGGAAAAUUUGGGGAGUUCCCAAACCCGAAUUCAGAAUCCCUGCAGGAGACAGCGGCGAGGAUUCCCGGAGAGACCGACAGGGGUUACCCGGGGGCAUCUCAGGUUCCAAACCCUGCUCCCCCUUCACCCACCCCAGCAUUAAAGGGAACUUGUGGGUGGUCCAGUCUCGAGGAUGAGCCCUGUGGGUGGCCACCUCACAAAACCCACAACUCCAUCCUUAAACACACCCAUAACGACAAACCCCACACCCUCCCUCGCCCACAACCUCGCCGAGCCAGAAACUCCAGCCUCUUUACCAACGCCGCGCGCGCAUGCGGCCGGCCAGCGCCCAGUCGUCACCCCGCCCCGCAGCCCUCCGCCCCGCCUUCCUCCAGCCGGUGGCCGCCCCAACCCGAGGCGUUCUCCGCCGCUCCUCCUCAGCUUCUCUCCCCUCCGGCCCCGGCAGUAGGGGCCCGCCAGGCGCACCGCCUCCUUACCGCCUCCUCGAGGUCCAUCGCGGCGCCGCGGAAGCUUCCACAGCCGGGACCCGUUACCCGGGUAGCGAGCGCAGCUUCCGGGAGAGGCGGGAGAAGCCCUUCGGCCGGAAACGCGAGAUCCGCGCCGAGGAUUCCGUGCGCCUGCGCGGCAGGGAACCGGCUCGCCCGGGGGCAAGGCUCCGCAAAGCCCGCAGCCCCCUGGCGGACUAUCUUCGUUUCCUACUCUUGAGAACCAAAACCAACUAAUAAGAAAGUGGGCGACGCCUACUGCUGAGUGAUUCGGUCAAGCUCCCUCCCGACGGUCAUUCAUUCCAAGACCGACUUGCUCGUCUGGCUGCUGGGGGCCGCGCAAGGCGGAGCUCGCGAGCGCGGUUUCUGUCUUCCGUGGGCUCCGCCCUCCGUGGGUUCUGCCCCCCGGGUCUCGUCCCUCGCUGGCUUUUUUAAGGGGAAGCCUCGGGGCUUGGAGGAAAGCUCACGGGCUGUGAGUUACACCUAAGUUUCCAGUCACGGCUCUCCUGCUUACUUGUGCCUCAGUUUCCUCCUCUGUAAGAAUUAGAUGUUAUCUGUGAGCCCCUUAUAAUUGAGUUUCCGCCAGGCGUGGUGGUUCACGCCUGUAACCCUGGGGAGGCUGAGCUGGAAGGAUUGCUUGAGGCCAGGAGUUGGAGACCUGCGGGGCAACAAAGAACUGGUUUCGGUCCUGGGGAUUCAGCAGUAAACAAAAGUCCUUGCCUUCGUGGAGAUUCCAUUCUGAUGGGGAGAGACAAAAAUAAAUGAGGAAAAUA